GGUUUUGGGAAAGGGAAGAGUAAAACAAAUAUCGUAUAUAGCCCGGCGUCGUUUCAGCCCACAUAAGGAGGAGAGGGACCGAGCGCACUCGGGCCUUGGCAAAAGUUGCCGGAAGAAGAGAGAGAGAGAGCGACGUCCAUCCGCUGCUGCUCCGGAUCAGUGUAAAGAUUGUUGAUUCUGUAGAUUGAAUCCCAUACUUGAAUGGGUCGAAGAAAGUUAAAAACUUUACAAAUUUUUUUUUGGCAUACAAAUACAGUUAUUGUGGCAGGGGAUGUAAAAAACUGAGCAACAGCAUAAUGAGUAACGUUGAAGCAUUUGACGGACAGAAAUUGGCUGACAAGCUUUCGAAACUCAACAGUUCACAACAAUGCAUUCAAUCUCUGUCUUGUUGGUGUAUUUCUCACCGAAAGAAAGCAAGGCAAAUUGUUGAAACAUGGGAUAAAUGUUUUAAUUCUGCCCAGAAAGAUCAGCGUGUGGCUUGUCUAUAUUUGGCUAAUGACAUAUUGCAAAACAGUAGGCGAAAGGGCAGUGAAUUUGUGAAUGAAUUCUGGAAGGUCCUUCCUGCAGCUCUCAAGUAUGUUUAUGAAAAUGGUGAUCAACAUGGAAAGAAAGCUGCCACAAGACUGGUUGACAUAUGGGAAGAAAGGAAGGUUUUUGGGUCUCGAGGGCAGAGUCUUAAAGAUGACAUGAUGGGAAACAAUCAUCCUGCUCCACCUGUAAGCAAUGGAAAGGGUUCAAAUCCUAUCAAGAUAGUGAAGAGGGAUGCACACUCGGUUAGACUUAAAUUGGCUGUUGGAGGUCUGCCAGAAAAAAUACUUACCGCAUUUCAACCUGUUCUUGAUGAACAUCUUACCGAAGAAGCUGCUUUAAACAAGUGUAGUGCUGCUGUACUUUAUGUGGGUAAAAUUGAUGAAGAUGUUGAAAACACCUUGAUUCAUGGAACUCAGCUGGGAUCCACAUUGUUGGAUGAUUUGAAAGAGCAGGAAGAUGUACUUAAUCAAUCUGUUGGGCAGCUUGAAAGUUCGGAGGCAACAAGAUCUACCUUGGUUUUGCAGCUUAAAGAAGCACUCCAGGAUCAAGAAUCAAAGCUGGAAGUUGUUCGCACUCAAUUGCAGGUUGCUCGACAUCAGAUUGAGAGGGUAGGUAAUAUUAAAAAGAGACUGAACCCCGAAAGCAAUAUCGUUAACAUGACACCUGAAUCUACCAGGGAUUUAGAACCAAAUAUACCAUUACGUCAACAAACUGGCAUCCCACCUCAUCCUCCAACGCAGGCCGUGGUUUCUUUUGCCCCUGUCAAAAUUACUGAUGAAGAGAACAAGAAAGCAGCUGCAGCUGCUGUUGCUGCUAAGCUUGCUGCGUCUACAUCUUCUGCACAGAUGUUAACGUCUGUUCUUUCAUCUCUUGUUGCUGAAGAAGCUGCCUCGAUGACCAGUAGCCUAACAUCAGCUGUAUUUACAUCAGGAUUAUCCAUGUUUCCUCCAGAAAAACGGCCCAAGCUUGAGAAACAAAUGUCUGAUGUUAACAAUCCUGAUGGCGGCAAUGCUGCCUAUUUUACGUCUCUCCAGCAGGCAAUGACCAGUGUUCCAAUUGCAUCCUCAGCAACGAUGCAGCCCAUGUCCCAAAGUAACCAGAUGCAAAAUCCUUUUGGUCCGCCACCACCACCUCCAGCGCCAUCACUGUCUACUGCAACUCCACCAGCGAAUCAAUACGUCCAAUCCACUGGUCUUAUGGUGGGUGGAGUUCCUUACGGAUAUGGAUCAAAUACUUUACCGCCUCCACCCCCCAUACCUCCACAUAUUUCAAUGAGCAUGUCGAGGCCCAGUCAACAGCAACAGCAGUCGCAGCCUCAGCAGCAGCAACAACAGCAGCAGUUGCAGCCGGCCACUGGGGGUUAUUAUCGGCCACUGGGUAUGGGGUUCUACGGGCAAAGUAAUCAGUCAAAUACACAGCCAGUACCUCGACAGUAAGUUCUGUUUAUUUUACCUAGUCAGAAUUUCCUAUCCUGGAUCUCCGGCAAAACCAGCGAAGGUACCCAAAACUUUUGGUGACAAUAUCGUCAUGGAAAUCUAUGGACCCGGUGGAAUUUCUCAGAGGCGUUGUGUUAUUAUGUAAAUUAGUAGAGAGUAGCGUCUGGUCUUUUUACACACCUAGGUCCACCUCCCCCUUGCCAAUUUAUGCACAGAGUCCUUUGAUGUGUGUAGAACGUAAAUUUUCGCGGUAGCUAUAUUUCAUAUUGACAUGAAGUGCUUAACUUGAAGGUACCUGUGCAAACUUCAUUGGCGUUGUAAACAGCGUUUGGGGCAUAUUACUAAAUGUGUACUUUAAAUCU